AUGACUACCAAAGAAUCAACGCUGUCAGAAAAAACCUUAAAGCCCAAUUCUAAAGCCAACCAACCAUCUGAACCAUAUAAAAGAGUAAUCUUUAUAGGUGUAGAUGGAAUUGGAAAAUUUGCAGAACCACCAGCUAACUGUCCAAACAUUCAAAAUUUUCUUUCAACCAGUGCUCACACCUAUAACG